AUGUCCAACCGCAUGCCCGCUACCGCCAACCAGGCCACCAACACGCGCGCACACGGCGCCCAGCCGGCGGCAAUGAACACGAAGCACGACAACGCGCCGGGGUUCGAGGCCGAGCGGAACCGGACCCGCCGGUUCUCGGAGCACAGCGACUCGUCCGACCCGGGCUGCCUGGAGCGCGGGGGCGCGACCACGGCCGGCGUGGACCGCAGCGCCAAGUCGCAGCUGUCGCAUGACUUUGACAACCUCAUGUCCGACCUCGGGUGGCACAUCGAGCGCGCGGGCACGAGCCUCAACGACAGCUGGAACUCUGCGCUCGACGAGUCGCAUGCCGCGCUGCCCGACCUCAGGAAGCACUGGGACGCGCUGUGCGCCAAAGUUGGAUCACAGUUUGAGAGCCUCGGAAGCUGGGGCGACGGCGGUGGCGCCGGUCAGCACCACGCCGACGACGCGGUAACGCACAGCAACGAGGCGGUCGAGGCCGUGCGCGUGCAGGGCGGCAUACAGCAGCCCGUUGCGGGCGGGCACGCCGCGCGCCAGCACCACGCGACCAUGCCGGAGCAGCAGGGCGCCGAGGCUACGGCACAGCGCAUGCCGGCGGCGCAGAGCAGCACCCGGCGUCUCGUGUAG